AUGGCAACGAGCACCGAUGUGGCUGGGCUGGAGGAAAGCUUCCGCAAAUUUGCCAUCCAUGGUGACCCCAAGGCCAGUGGGCAAGAGAUGAAUGGCAAGAACUGGGCCAAGCUGUGUAAGGACUGCAAGGUGGCUGACGGAAAGGUGGUGACAGGGACGGAUGUCGACAUCGUCUUCUCCAAAGUCAAGGGAAAGUCUGCUCGGGUUAUCAACUAUGAGGAGUUCAAGAAGGCCCUAGAAGAGCUGGCAAUGAAGCGAUUCAAAGGGAAGAGUAAGGAGGAAGCCUUUGAUGCUAUCUGCCAGCUGGUGGCAGGCAAGGAGCCAGCCAAUGUGGGAGUCACCAAAGCAAAGACAGGAGGUGCUGUGGAACGGCUGACCGACACCAGCAAGUACACAGGCUCCCAUAAGGAGCGCUUUGAUGAGAGCGGCAAGGGCAAAGGCAUUGCUGGGCGUCAGGACAUCCUGGAUGACAGCGGCUAUGUGAGUGCCUACAAGAAUGCGGGCACCUAUGAUGCCAAGGUCAAGAAGUGAGGCCUGGGAAGGCCCCCAGUGCGGCUGCCCCCAACAGAUGCUCAGGCCUGGGCCUAAAGGGCAUGUGGAGCAAGAGAGCCCUGUCCCCUCCCUGCUGGACCUACCACCCAGCGCUUUCUGCCCAGCCCUACUAGGACUCUCACCCAGACUGCUCUGCAUCCCCUUCCUCUUUCCUCCCUGACUUCAGCUAUCUGGGGAGAGUCUGUGCCUAUUGCCUCACUGCCCCAACCUAGCCCCAGGCAUGGCUAACCCCUGCGUGCUUGCCUCAUAUUUAAGCUGCUGCUCUGGCCAAGUGCCUAAUUCUUACCCAGACCUCAAUAAAGACACCUUUUGUAUCAA